AGAUAAUUGGCGAGGCACGAAGACGAGGGCCAUCGAAAAGAAUUGUAUGCUCCAUGAUAUUGUACCAUAGGGUAUAGGGGAGUAGAUCGUAUCUUAGUUGCGUAAGUUUGGAAGCCUUGAGACCGGUGGGAUGACUCUGGUAGUGGCAAAAAGGUUCGAUAUGUACAAUUGUAGAGGUGUAUAGACGUAACUGACAGAGGAUGAUGCCGAGGGCGGUAGUCGCGGGAUGCAGACGGGGAGGCUGAAAGGGGACAGACGCCCAUAUGACGAAAUGAUCUAGCUGGCGUUGAGAUCUAUCAUUAGAAAUUCCCCGAUUUUAUACCCUGGUUAUCAACGGAGAUACCUCACACAUAUAACUAAAGACCUCUCCCUCCAUCCACAUUCCCUAAUCAAUCAUGCGAAUUCAAUCCUCUACCCUCUGCAAUCUUCCAGCUGAAAUAUUCGAGAAUAUCGUCUUAGAACUCAUUUCAACUUCCCCCAUCGUACCCCUCCUCCAGACUUGCAAACAAAUAAAUCAUAUCCUCGCUUUUCCUAAAAACAGUCAUCUAUAUUCCCGUGUAUUCCAUCAUAGAUUCGACUCUGCAGCAUCCGCUCGACGACUAGGAACUCGUACACACCAUUCCCGUCAUCUCGCUCACCAGCUAGUCUGGUAUUCCUCCGCUUUGAAAUGCAUUAGACGUGGUGACAUAUACGACCAUGCCGUCCUCGACGCUUUUUGGGCCUGCUUUGCCCUCAUGUCGGAAAACGAUGGAAAGAACCGCCAUCACCUCGAAGCAGCAGGUCUACCAGAUUUCGUAGACGAGUUCGUCCGCAAUCGUCUUUACGAGGACAACGUCUCUACAAGUGGAUGGCCAAACGAAUCUCCCAUCAAUUGUCUUGCAUUGUGGUUACUUUGGUUUACGAGUACAGAAGAACGCCUCAAGGCAGAAACUACCGCUCGCCGCAACGAGAUUAUCAGACUUGUACUCCCUUUUGUCAUCGUCCCAUUUCGCUACCCAUCCGCUCAUGCUCCCCACAACCACUUCACCAUGCCUCUCACGAGCAACUCAGACGGCCACCUCCGUCAAUCUAUCCUCCCAGCUCACGGCGCUUUCCCACUUUACCGCUCCGGCAGUGCCCGUUCCACUCACUUUUACGAUCGCACAGACCUCGAGAUAGGCAUCCCACUCGCAUCCACUGCCGCAAAGCUCAUCUUCUUCUCACGUCGUCAAGUCACCCCCAUCGGCGUUCCUAUCCACCUCCCUCUCAAUCGUCAACACGCUAUCCAACUCGGAUUUGGUGAACAAAUCGGUCCCACCCAAGAAGACGUUCACGAGCUCAACCAACACAAUGUCGUCAAGCACGUUCCUGCUACCACCUGGGACGACCACAUCGACACAACACCAACUCCCAGCUCACAACUCGACGACGACUGGUACCGUCUCACUGACUGUAUAUAUCCCAUGGAAAAAUCAUCUCUCAUGAAUACACACUACACUUACGGCUCCGCAACAGGUCUCUGGCAAGGCCGCAUCCUAGUACCAACAGACAACGCAUUCAACACAAUCCUCCAACACGUUCAAAUGCCCGAAGACUUUACCGAACAACAACUCUUCCUCAACGCCGCCCCUCUCUUCAUGCGUCUCCGCGAAUAUCAUUGUAUUGAUCCCCAAGACCCCGUACCAACCGGCGGCGCCAACGACGGCUUCGACGAUGGGAUCUCAAACGCUUGGAUACCCGCCGGUGUUCAAGUACACGAAGAUAUGCACGAAGGCAAACUCACAUUCCAACAUCACGGCCGCGUACAUGUCUACGAAGCCUACCGCCCCGGACUCUCAAACUCCCAUGACGAAGCUACAUGUCGUGGAUGUCAGUUCCGCGGGACGUGCGAUAUCGUCUACAGGGAGCAUGAUGAUCAGUAUUUGGCGGACCGGUCUCAGGCGGACGAGGGUGUUGAUGUGGAUGUUGAUAUCGAGCUUCUUAGUGAUGAGGACGGGGAUCGAGAUCAGGAGUUCCUGGAAGACGCUUCAGCGCAGUACGACUCUGUCAUCGACACCGUCUUCCAACAAAAAGACGACGACGCUAUGGACGAAGAUGCUGAUCUCGUUUCGGAUGAUGAUAGCGACGAGGAGUAUUCAGUUCAGAGGAGGUGUAAUGGGGUGCUUGAUAUUGCGCUUGUUGGGGAGACCGACUUCAAGCAUGGCCAAGCAUGGAACCACUACAAAUUCUACGGGCGCGUCCGUGAAUGGGACGGACUCGUCGCUCUCGUGCGUAUCCCUGCGCACCCGCACCCUGCAGCCCAAGGUCUGGGUGUGUGGGUGUUUAGCGGAUAUAUUGUGGGCGGGCAGAAUUUCGUGGGGACAUGGCGCGCAUUGGGGGGCGCGAACCCCGGCAUCCCGACCCUUGAGAGUUCCUUUGCCAUGACUCGGAGGGACGAGGGGGUCAUGCAUUAGGGGGUCACAUCGCCGAAGGAACACCCAGUCUCUGCCGCGCUGGCCGAAGAAGGACUUCUGCCGCACUAUCCGAAGAAGAAGAAUCUGCCACACUAUCCGAAGAAGACCAGACCUUGCCGCUCC